GUCCUCUCACUGCCGAGCAGGAAACAUGAUGGUGUCUGUAAAUGGUUCUUUAGGUUGAUUUUGACCACUGUUUGGCUCCAAGAAGACAUCCAAUCUUCACAUCCCUGCCAACCAGCCCACCAUCCUGACGACGCACAGCCUCGGUUCUCUCCUUUAAUGGCUAAUUUUACCACAGCUCAAACGAACCCCACAGAUCCUGGGAACAGUAAAAAUGGAUCCAGCCCAAACUUUUUAGCCUUUGCAUUAGUGCUGACUUUUUUCCUUCUGGGUCUGGUUGGGAUGUUGAUCUGCCACGUGCUGAAGAGGAGGGGCUACCGGUGCACCACGGCCCAGGAGGAUGAUGAGGUGUUCCGAGAAGUAGAUGGGGAUCCUGAGCUGGGAGGAGAGCUGAAUGAGACAAUGAGCGAGAACAACGACACAGUUGGACAGAUCGUUCACUGCAUCAUGAAAAAUGAAGCAAACUCUGAUGCCCUGAAUGCCAUGAUUCAACAGAACAGCGUCGAUUCAGAUCCUCCAAUGACGCCCGUCUCGCUGGCUCCUUCUACCCCACCGCUGACCCCCGUAUCACCUGGGGCGCCCCCAGAAGCACUCAAGCACACCUGCAGCCACCUGCACACCAUUGGCGGUCUGAGCGGCCACAAGAACAUCUGCACCCGCUGCAACCAGAAGAAAUGGCCAAUAAUGAGGAAGCUCUCGGCCCGAAAGCCAGAGCAGCGCCGCAGUAAUGAGGUCACAGUCCUCUCUGUGGGCAGGUUCCGCGUGACAAAGUGUGAAAAACCAGCAAAGGAUCGACGUACUCUGUUAAUAACUGACCCUAAUGGCAGCGUCCCGUCAUCGCCAGCAGAGGCGGUCCGCCGCAGCAGAAUGACGUCAGAAUCCCAAAAGGAAGAGACAGAAAACUCAGACAAAGAGAAGUGAUAGAAGUCCAGUUUUCCACAUGGAGAGCAGGACCAACAUCUGGACACUUUGGAUUUAUUUUUUUAAUUUUAAACUCUGAUGAGACCAGUAACCUCUUCAGAGCUGGGAGGGACGUACAGAUCCAGGAGGGGCCUCAUCAUGAUGUUGCUCUGCUGGUAGUGAAACCUGCUGCUGAGAACCUGCAGCAGAGGUUGUUUUACAAACAGAAGAAGGAGAAAGUGUUCAGGUUUUCCCCCUGCAGUAGUUUUCCCAGCGGUGCCUUGCUCAUUGGCAGGACGGCUGCCUGAUGCCAUGAUCUGAGCUUGAACCAGUGCUUUCUCAGUAACUGUUUUUUUGGCAACACAACCAAGUGGUCCAUGAUGUAUGUAUAUGUUUUUAUAGGUGGAUUAUAGAAGAUUGCAUUUUUGUGUGUUUAUAUCAAUUUAAAUUCUAAAAAUACACCUGCAAGCAGGUAGAGGCAGCCUGAGACAGAGCUGGGAUUUCCAAACAGGAAGCUGCAACAACCUGAUGGAGCAGCCGCACCAGGAAAUUAACCGGAUCAGCGCCACCGGGGAUGAGCCAUCUCCUGUAAUCGGGUUACAUGGACUCAAAGUGUGCCUGCUUUUUAACUUCUUUCAUUAUCAAGUUUCUGCUUUUUUUUUUUUUUUUUAAACAAUCUAAUUAUAUAUCUAUGUACUUUUUUUUAGUGUUCUGUCUUCCCUUAAUAAAGAACUUUCAGUAUUCUGA